AUGGCGGAUAUGAUGGAAGAGACCCAUUUCGAUACCGGCGACUCCGGAGCCUCCGCAACCUACCCCAUGCAAUGUUCAGCCCUUCGCAAAAACGGUUUCGUAAUGCUGAAAUCACGUCCCUGCAAAAUAGUAGAGAUGUCGACCUCCAAAACAGGUAAACACGGCCACGCUAAAGUCCAUAUGGUAGGCAUUCAUAUUUUUAAUGGCAAAAAGUACGAAGACGUCUGUCCAUCCACCCACAACAUGGAUGUCCCCCAUGUUAAACGAGAAGAUUACCAGCUUGCUGAUAUCGAUGAUGGUUACUUGACCCUCAUGUCUGAUACUGGUGAUCUUCGAGAAGACUUAAAAGUUCCUGAUGGGGACCUCGGGCAGCAGCUUCGUAGUGAUUUUGAGGCUGGCAAGGAUAUGUUGUGUACCGUGUUGAAGUCUUGUGGUGAGGAAUGUGUUAUCGCUAUCAAGAGUAAUACUGGACUCGAUAAAUGAGAGGAAAAUGUUAUCGAUGAAGAUUCUUGUUGGUGAAUGUAUCGUGCAAGUGUGUAAGUACCACUUUGUAGUCUUUCGAAGAUGUUGGGUGUCGAUGAAGAUUUGUAAUAAUAAAAUUGUUUCGAUUAAUAAAUGGUAUCUUUGAUAUCUUGCUUCUAGUCGUAUUGUUUUCUUUUUUGAUAUUUUUUUUGUGUGUGUCGACUGACCUAGCUUUUAUUUACAUAUAUGUUCUUGGAUAGGAAAAAAGCGAACAUGUACGAUGACAUCCGACUGUUUUUAAGUCGUAUUUUUUAGUAUUUCUUGUAUUUACCUA